AUCUGGAGUGGCUGUGUGACUGUGCGCCUGCUAUGGGACAGCGUGUGUUUGGACUGGACGUCAGGCUUUCAGAAAACGUUGGUCGGACGGGCCCCUUCAGCUGGUGAAGCUUCACACACGGCACAGAGAGGGGACAGAGAAGCAGCUGUCUUUUGUUGUCGACCCGGAUUGUCAGCGGUGGACAUGGCCUUUCCCAAGCAUUCCUUCCUGCAGGCCCUGAGCGUGCUGCUCUUGGCCUGGGUGUUGGUGCGUUGCCAGGCCCCUCUCGGACCAGAGGAAGAGGAGGAAGAAGAGCCACUGAAGGAGACCAACAUCGCAACAGCGGUGACGAAAUCGGAGCCUUUUGAAUGUCCGCCGGAGUGCAGCUGUACGGCAGAGGGGGCGGUGGACUGCGCAGGUGUCGACCUCACACAGUUCCCCGCCGGGCUGUCGGAGAGGACUCGACAGCUCUCUCUGCAGAACAACAAAAUCGAGGAGAUAACAGUGGAGCACAUUUCCCAUCUGCAUCAGCUGGAGACUCUCAACCUUCAGAACAACUGGCUCACCACAGACGGUCUUGAAGAUGAAGGUUUUGAGAUGCUUGAAGAGCUGGCUUAUUUAUACUUGGCAAAUAACAUGCUCACCGCAGCACCAAAGGUCCUCCCACCCUCUUUGGUUAGUGCUGACUUUGCUGCAAAUCAGCUCACAAGGAUCUUCCUCUACACGUUUGGCCAGAAACCGAAACUGAAGUCUGUGUAUCUCCACAACAACAAGCUGACCGACGCAGGUCUUCCCGAUCAAAUGUUCAAUGGUUCUAACAACCUGGAGAUCCUCACCAUGUCCAGCAACUUCCUGCGGGUUGUCCCAAAGAACCUGCCCUCCAGCCUUUACCGUCUCCAUCUGAAGAGUAACAAGCUGGAGAAAAUCCCAGCGGGGGCCUUCGACAACUUGUCAAACCUCAGAGAGCUGUAUCUCCAGAACAACCUCCUCAGCAAUGAGGGCAUGGACAACGAGACUUUCAGCCAGCUGAGCAGCCUGGAGUGUCUGGACUUGUCAAAUAACAACCUGAGCGUCGUUCCCAAGGGUCUGCCUCGCAAUCUGGUGCUGCUACACCUGGAGAAGAACAACAUCCGCAGCAUCCCCGGAGAUGCUCUUACUUCUGUCCGAAACCUGGAGUACCUGCUCCUCCACAAUAACAAACUCCGCUCACGUUCCAUCCACCCGGCUGCCUUCCAGGGCUUGAAGAAACUGCACACGCUCCACAUGUACAACAACUUGCUGGAGCGAGUUCCCAGAGGCUUACCAAGGCGGGCCAAGACCUUAAUGCUGCUCCACAACUCCAUAGCGGAAAUUAGCCGUAACGACCUGGCCCUGCUGUACACUCUGACUGAGCUCAACCUCAGCUACAACAAACUCACCAGCUCCAAGCUGCACCGCGAGGCCUUUAGGAAGCUGCGUGUGCUGGAAACUCUGGAUAUGUCAGGGAACAGCCUUCACUCGUUCCCCCUGGGUCUUCCUCGCAGCCUGCAGGUGCUCGAGCUCAAGAACAACCAGCUGAACACCAUACCAGACGGAGCGCUGACGGGAAUGGAGAAGCUACGGAAGCUCAUCCUGAGUGAAAACCAGCUGAAACUGAAUUCAGUCUACCAGGGAGCCUGGAUGGAGCUCAGCGCACUCACAACGCUAGACCUGUCUGGCAACCAGCUGUCGCACAUCCCAUCUGACCUGCCCGAGACUCUGGAGUACCUUUACCUGCAGAGUAACCGCAUCUCUACAGUCCCUGCUUCAGCGUUUGAAGGCACUCCAAACAUUAAAGGCAUCUUCCUCCGGUUUAACCGGCUGUCUGUGGACUCUGUAGACGAGAGCUCUUUCGCGCACUUGUCCAACCUGCAGGUGCUGGACAUUGGCACAGGAAAUACCGACACCCCCUUUAAAAAAGAGGAGAUGGAGCAGGAACAGGAGACAUAAAACAAACAUAAUGAAAGUGACAUUGGACUGCAUUGUGUGAAGGACAGAAAGGGCUUUGAAUGGGAGUGAACCUGUGAAUGUCAUUUCCCAGGUCCAUUAUCAUAUUGUGCUGAGCGGCGUAUUUCUGGUGCAGGAUACCGGAUGAAGUUUCUUUAGUUUCCAUUUUUUGGGCUGGUUAGCGUAUCUUUAUAUCUGAGCUUUAAAUAUUUGUUGACGGGCAAAGUCUAUCACCUAAUUGUGUCUGCUUUUAAAAAUGUGAUUUUUUUCCCAUGUAAAUGUUUCAGAAUCAAUACGGAAAACUUAAGCAGUCCUUCUCUGCUUUAUGUCAUGUUGUUAUUGGCUGCCUUUUCUCUCUGGCUUAAAAAAAGGUGAUUUUUGCCAGAAAUACUGUGAAAAAAUCAAGGUUUUUAACACCAAAGGUAGCAAGAUAAGCAGUUUCCCAUUGAAACCAACACAGCCUCACUAUUCUCAAACUGUAGAAUGAAACACUGCAACAAGCACUCUCAAGUAGGACUGCAACUCAAUACCUUACUGAUAAUCUCUUGCUUAUUAUUUCAAGUAAACAAUCACAUUACUAAGUCUAUGAAAUGCUUUCUAAAAUUGCUCAAUUUGUUGGUUCAGCAAUCCCCAAAAUCUGAUUCCAUUUAGAGCAAUUAAGAAAAGAGCAAAAUGUUGCAUUUGAGAAACUUUAAAGUUACAACACUUAAAGGGUAACUGCAGUAUUUUUAAACCUGGACCCUAUUUUUCCAUAAUUUUUCUAAUUGGUUUAGUAUUGAGUGAAACAGGCUGCAGUGUAACCACUUGGACGAUAUUUACGUCAUCAAUUUACUUCCAUUAAAAGUGUUUGUUUUCGCCACUGACAGGCUCAGAUUGUGUCUGACAACAUUAUGGAAAGAUCCCUAUAGAGGUAGACCCUAGAAUAAUAAUCGGAGCCUGUCAGUGGCAACAAUAUGCACUUUUAGUAGGAACAUGCCAGGAGUGGUUACAAUGCAGCCUUUUUCACUACUUACCCUUUAAAAUGUUUUUUUAUAUCAAGCACCACUUUUGAUACAAUUCAUGGCCUGUAUUUUUAACAUCAGCCUUUCACUGUAUUUUUAUGCUUAGGAAUAAAAAUUGAGAAUCAGCGCACAAGUGAUUGUAAGACACGAUGCAUAAACAUGCUUCAUGCACAUAUUUGAUCAUGAGUUCAGUAUUUUGGUGUUGGAUGUCUCUUUUUUAAUGAAAACAUUGUAACUUGAUUAACUGUAUGAUUUUUGUGGUGCGUGCUCCAAAAGACAGACAAAGAAGCUACUCAGAGCGUUAGCUGUCCCGGAUGAUUAAUAUGUGGGUCAUUUCUAAGAGAACUUUUGGACUGUGUUAUUGAAUUGCAUUUGUUGUUAUCACAGCUGUCGCAAAACCAACCAGGGCUGAAAUCUUAAAGGGGACCUAUGAUGCUUUUGUCAUGAUCUUCCCUGAUCUCCUUCAUUCUUGGUUAUUGUGUAUUUUACUGUUUAAGGCCAUGGUUAGCCGAAAAUGGCCCUACUACAAACAAAAAAAUCUUUACCUUGCAAUUAAAAAAAAAAAAAUAAUAAUCACGUUCAUAUUAUAACAUUGCAAGAAUGAUCUUCAUGUACAGGGAUCCGCAAAAACAACCAAAAACGCUGUAGUAUGCAUGCCAGACCAGUAGUUGGAGUAGAAGAACACCACGUGCAUGUGCAAAGUACAAUCGUGACGCCACUGUUCUCACAGAAUCAGCAUAUCGCCAGUUUACAUGGCGACAGAAGGGGUUACAUUUUCAAAAAAUUACACUCUGGAGCCUGGUUUCAAAAGUUUGCAUUUUCAGGCCCCCAAAAUGCUGC